AUGUCACCAGCAACCAACGCACAGGCACUUCCUGUGCCUACAGACCCCAGCGGCUUUAUGCAACCACGCUCUACCACCAUCGUUGAAGCUGCAUCGAGCGAGCUUUCCGGUCACAAGAAGAUGCUGCUCACUUUCAGUAUCACUCUGGGAACCCUGAUCGGAGUUGCUAUGCUCUACAUCCUCGUUCGCUUGCUGGCCAGGCACCGUAGAAUCAUGAUGAAGGAGAAGAGGAUGGAAAUGCAGCCAUUCCACGAUAGUGCAACAACGUCGAAAGGAGACUGGACGGACGAUGUCGCUCGUCAAGUAUGA